AUGACAAGCGCAUCCUCAAAAGAAGAGAUUUUGAAUUUUCUUGGACCAACGUCGAGUUAUGAACGCAGGAAACGUGGAAGAAGGCAUGAUUUCAUGAAGGACAGAAAAGUCGUCCCUGGUAUUCCUCCAGAACUUGAAAAAAGGCCAGAAUAUAAAAUCAGGUUGCCUCGGUUCAAGAUUCCUACCGAACUACGGAAAAUUAUUGGCAUGCCCUUAGAGGAUGCUCUUGCAUCUAAGGAAUUUAGCAUUCAGAUGGAUAGCGGUAGUGGGUAUAAAAAAUUUUUCAGCGCUCUUCUCUUCGCUGAGGAAUGCCAAAUAAUGGAAGACAUUAAAUUGUAUGAUAAGGAGGGAGUGAAAAUGGAGAGAAAUGGAUCAUACUUUAUAUUGGAUGUGCCCGGACUUGCAGAAAAGCGACCAUCAGUGAUUAUCGGGGAUCAUGUAUUAGUUAUGAAACAUGAGGAGGCCGAGAAGAAAGCAUAUCAAGGGUUUGUUCACCACGUGGAGGAAAGUAGCGUUACAUUAAAAUUCGCGAAGUCAUUUAAUAAAGUGCACUCGAAGAAUGCAAAAUUCAAUGUUCGAUUUACUUUUAACCGUAUAUCGGUAAGGAGGAUGCACCAUGCUCUUGAAUCAUCGAAGACCAUCAGGCGACUAUUCCCUUCAAAUCAAGCAUCCCAUAAUUGCCAACCAGAAAUCCGGCGAACAAUGAAUAAUCUUGUGUUCAUUGAUCAAAGCAUUGCACAGAACCACCAUCAAAAGCGGGCAGUAGCAGCCAUCAAGUUAGGAUUUUAUCAUCCCGCUCCUUUUAUUGUAUUUGGCCCUCCUGGAACAGGUAAAUCAGUCACUAUUGUUGAAGCGAUAAAGCAACUCCUGGAUGAUAAAAAAGAAGCAAGAAUUUUGGUCUGCGCACCCUCAAACUCGGCGGCCGAUGGGUUAUUAUUAAAGUUGCGUACGACCAUGUCACCUGAUAAGUUGGCUAGAAUCAAUUCAAUUUCGCGAGAUCUGAGAAACUUCGAUAAAGAAUUUCUCGAAUAUUGUAAGCCAUUGGCGGUGAUGGAUCACCAAGUCACCGUAUCCACCUGUAUUACUGCAGGAGCUAUAUAUGCCUUAAAAGGAGAGAAGAAAUAUUCGCAUAUUUUUGUCGACGAGGCAGGGCAAGCCUUGGAACCAGAGGUCGUAACGGCAUUGCAAAACGCAUCCGAAGAAACAAGAAUAAUUUUGGCAGGUGAUCCAAAGCAACUGGGACCGAUUAUCCAUUCUUCAAUCGCGAGGAAUCGAUCCCUAGGAACAUCUCUCAUAGAACGCCUUGUAAAUAUGGAUAAUAGUCCUUACAGUUUCGAUGAGAAUUUCAUUCAUGGGGUGAAACUCCUGAAAAACUACCGUUCACACCCGGCCAUACUCGAUUUCCCUAACAGGGAGUUUUAUGAAGCGGAUCUCGAAGCGUGCGGCGAUAAUAAAGUCACCUAUAGUUUAAUCAAAUCCAAUAUUCUCCCCAUGAAAGGUUAUCCGGUCACCUUUGUAGGUGUCAACGGUAAAGAUAGGCGAGAGGGUCGUUCCCCAUCUUGGUUUAAUGCUCACGAGGCCGCGACAGUGCUUGAAAUUGUGCAGGAUCUUGUAGAAAAGGAUAAUGUUGAAGUAAACGAAAUUGGAAUCGUCACACCAUACUGUAAACAAGUCGAAAAGAUUAGGAGACUGAUGGAAAAGGAAAACUAUGAAGGAAUAGAUGUUGGUACCGUGGAAAAUUUCCAGGGCCGCGAACGACGCGUGAUCAUCAUUUCAACUGUUCGAUCGUCCACAACGAACAUAGGGCAUGAUAAGAAAUUUCACCUUGGAUUUCUCAACGAACAAAAGCGAUUUUGCGUUGCUGUCACCCGAGCGCGGGCCCUUUUGGCUGUUGUAGGAAAUCCUAACUUGCUGUUUCAGGAUGAAUGUUGGAAAAAAUGGUUGCAAGAGGUGAGGAAUAACGGUGGAUGUAAGGGAAUUCCGUUGCCAGAGGUGAUCGAAGAAAAUACCGAGUAA